UGGAUGGAUAUGACAUGACACCAAAAUUGCGGCGUGGAUUUAUGGAUACUAUUUUUCAUAAAAAUAUCUGUUGUAUUUUAAUAAAAUGUUUGAUUUAAUAACAAUAGCUAAGGUCAUUGAUUGAAACAUAAAAUAAAGUGGAAGAGAUAUAUAUCUCAAAUGUCGAGAUAAUGAUUGUUAAUUUAAAAGUUUAUAAUCAAAGUUUGUGCAUAUCAUUGUGCUUAGUGUGUUAUUACGGAAAAGUGUUUAGUGCAUUAUAGCAGAGGUUGAGUUACUGGAAAUGGUGCUAUCAACUUACAGCGGUGUCAGUUUUAAGACGAGUUCUAUUUGAUUGUGUAUUUUUAUUUAAUUUUAAGAAGAAUAAAAAUGUAUCCUACACCGACGCGGCACCCGGCUGGAGCAGUUCGGGGGCCUCAACCCUCGGCAGGUCCGAUAAAGUUUACGAUAGCGGAUACUUUAGAAAGAAUAAAGGAAGAAUUUAAUUUUUUACAAGCACAAUAUCAUACGUUAAAAUUAGAAUGUGAGAAACUAGCUAGUGAAAAAACCGAAAUGCAACGGCAUUAUGUUAUGUAUUACGAGAUGUCCUAUGGAUUGAAUGUUGAAAUGCACAAGCAGACGGAAAUAGCGAAGAGAUUAAGCGCAAUAAUUGGACAAGUGUUGCCGUUCCUCGCUCAAGAGCACCAACAGCAAGUCGCCUCCGCCGUGGAGAGAGCUAAGCAGGUCACUAUGUCUGAACUUAAUGCUAUCAUAGGGCAACAACAACAACAGGGACUGCAGCAACUUCUUCAACAGAUCCACGCGUCCGGCCUGCCGCACGGCGUAGCGGGCGCGGGCGCGUUGUUAGGCGCGGGCGGGUUGUUGUUCCCCGGCGCGGGACCGCCGCCGGCGCCGCACUUACCCCCGCCGGCGCAUAAGGUGGAACUACCCCCUCCAUCGGAUAUAAAACCGCCCUUAUCAGGUGGACCGGCGCCACCCCCCCUCCUGCCGGGACAACCCCCUCCCCCCAGAGAGGACGAUAGACUAGCCGCUUCAAGAGCUAUGAGCCAACAGCAGCGUCGCUCAGUAUCGCCUCUAGAGCGCGAACAGAAGUACCGGCCGCGCUCGCCCGAGCCCGAGCCGCUCGACGCGAAGCGACGGAAGGAGGACAAGGUGGGAUAUGUCAGUGUGUCUAGUGAUAGUGAUGCAGAAAAGAGCGAUCAAGAUUUGGUUGUAGAUGUUGCUAAUGAGGAGGAAAGAGGGUCACCAAGUGUACGCACAGAGGGCGAGAGAACGGAAAAUGGUCCAAGACCUCCGUCGAGAUCAGGCUCCUCAUCGAGUCGAUCCACUCCUAAGAGCUCUAAAGAUGAGAAGCCUGGAACUCCAGGGGCGAAGGGCCGGGCUCCAACACCGACAGGCCGAUACGCAUUUCCCCCAUACGCUGCUUACCGCACCCCCCUCCCUUUUGACGGGCAUAGGACCAAUGGCAUGCCGCCUGCUAAACCAGCGUAUUCCUACCACACAUGCGGCGGGCCGCUGCAACCCGUACCCUUCCCUGCGGAUGCACUCGUAGGGCCCGGGAUCCCGCGUGGAGCCCGACAGGUUGCCACACUCCCACAUGGGGAAGUUGUAUGUGCGGUCGCGUUGUCUUUAGGAUCUAACGCACGGCACGCGUACACGGGCGGCAAGGGUUGCGUUAAGUUGUGGGACAUCACUAGCCCGGGAUCCCCGAACACGCUCGAGCCGCUGUCGCAGUUGGACUGUUUGCAAAGGGACAACUACAUCCGCUCGGUGAAGCUAUUACCGGACGGGCGCACGCUGCUGGUGGGCGGCGAGGCGUCCAACCUGUCGAUCUGGGACCUGUCGGCGCCGACGCCGCGCAUGCGCGCCGAGCUCACCUCCUCCGCGCCCGCCUGCUACGCGCUCGCCAUCAGCCCCGACAGCAAGGUUUGCUUCAGUUGUUGUUCUGACGGGAAUAUCGCAGUCUGGGAUCUACAUAAUCAAACAUUAGUUAGGCAAUUCCAAGGUCACACGGACGGCGCGUCGUGCAUCGACAUCAGCCCGGACGGCAGCCGGCUGUGGACGGGCGGGCUGGACAACACGGUGCGCUCGUGGGACCUGCGCGAGGGCCGCCAGCUGCACCAGCACGACUUCUCCAGCCAGAUAUUCUCGCUGGGAUACUGUCCCACCGGUUCCUGGCUAGCAGUAGGAAUGGAGAACUCCCACGUAGAAGUACUCCACGCGGGCAAACCGGACCGUUACCAGCUCGCUUUGCACGAAUCAUGUGUGUUAUCGCUGCGGUUUGCGGCUUCGGGCAAGUGGUUUGUGUCCACGGGCAAGGAUAAUCUGCUAAAUGCGUGGAGGACACCGUAUGGAGCUAGUAUAUUUCAGUCUAAAGAAUCGUCGUCGGUGCUCAGUUGUGAUGUGUCUUCGGAUGAUAAGUUCAUAGUGACGGGUUCGGGGGACAAGAAAGCGACAGUUUACGAAGUUUUGUAUUGAAAUAGUGAUGUGAAAUAUAACAGUGAAACAAAAUAACGUUAGCGAAAGUGAUAGUGAAAAGUGAUGUGUAGCGAACCGAUAAUCUCAAUAGGCAAUAAUUGUUUUGCGGUCCAGUAAAUUUGAAGGUGAGAUGGAAUAGUGUCACUUUUUUUAAGUAUAUUUUGGCGCGAAAAGAAUAUUUUAAGUGAAAAGAUGUUGAUAGGUUACCAACACAAUGUCAAAAAUGGCAUGCAUACACAAUUAGAUGUCAAAGUAAGAUGGCAUGAUUCAACUAUUAUGAGCGAGAAAGAGACAACUGAACUAUUAAAACACAUCUCAAUGUGCCGUUCCCGAUCUUUAAGCCUAUCUACAGCUUUCUACUUGAAACGAUAUGAAAUUAAUUGUUAAAUAUCACGUGUCGUCCAAGGCCUAGCUAUGAUACGCACAAAUGUUCUAUGCACGGUGAUUUAGUAUUAUUUUGUAGCAUUAUACGCGAACAAUAAAUUUGUAUGAGAUAGAAAUUUGUUAGUAUGAAAGUACUUAGUUUCAGCAGUUUUAUAUGGUGCAAAAAUUAGUCAGCAUAUCUUAAAUAUUGUUUUUAAAGGAAAAUAAGGGUAAUAAAAGUUGUCUAUUAUGUUUUAACUAGCUGUGCUCCGCGGUUUUACCCGCAGUGUUCUGCUCCUGUUGAUUUUAGCGAGAUGAUGAGCCUAUAGUCUUCUUCGAUGAAUUGGCUAUCUAACACCGAAAGAAUUUUUCAAAUCGGACCAGUAGUGCCCGAGAUUAGCGCGUUCAAACAAACAAGCUCUUCAGCUUUAUAAUAUUAAGUAUAGAUGACACAAGUUUUUGACACUCACUUAUGAGAUAAUGGGAUGCGUGAAGACUGCAACUAAAGUAGCAUUUAUUAAAUAGAUAUUUGAUUUUUAUAUGUAUUAUAUUUAAGUAAUGGAAACAAGUAGAUGCAUUUUGUAUAUUGUCGAUUUAAUUUUGGUUAAGGUAACGGUGCAGUGGUUUUUAUUAUUAUUAAGUGACAUUUUAUUCUGUCUCAUUGUACUAUGAAAUUGACUAUUUGAAUGUUUUCUACAAAAUGAAUUUAAAUUAAUAUGUAAUUUUACUUUGAAAUGUAUAGUGAUCAGUUUUAUUUUAUCAAAUGUCAUUUUAUUAUCAAAUUAAUAAAAAUAUUGAAUUUUAUAAAAUAAAGAUUUGCCUUGCAAGGAAACAUUCUUAUGCAGUCAACUUUUAAUGUUAAUUAAUUGUAAUCAGCAGUGGUUUCGUGAUAUCUCUUUUGUUUAAAUACAAAAAAAAUGAAUUGCUAUUUAAUAUUUUAUGUGAUGUGCUUUAAUCAAAUAACUGUUUUAUUUAACUAAGAGCAUACUCAAUAUGUCCUUUUCCAUAAGUGACAAACUGCAGUAAAAUUUCUUGUACUACUCACAAUUUCUAUUAUUUUUGAGUCGAUUUCAAGGUUCAUGGCAAUACAGUCACGACAUGGAGUAAGGCGAGGAUUUUGGUAUCUUUAUUCUGGUAAAUUUAAUAAAUAAAGAGAUGUCGCUAGCUCACUGCUGUUUAUAAGAUCACUGUCAGGCGAUAUUCUUAGUGUUAAGUAUUGUAUAUUUUUAUAAAUAUGAAAAUCAUUUUUAUUUACUAAGUUCAACUUAUUUCCUUGAGCCCUUUCAUAUAUUUAUUGCGAUUGCAAAUAUAUUUUUGUGUAUUCAAAUUGUAUUUCAAGAGAUUUGAAUUUAUUUUUGUGUAGAUUUAUCACAGACUGAAGUACCUAGUAAAUAAUGUAAUAUUUUAUGAUUUAUUUACUUUAUUUUACGCAUUUCAGUGAUCAUUAUGCAAUUUAUUUCAAAUUAUUUGGAUGUUGUCUUAUAAAUAUUUUGAUUAGUUGUUAAAAUUGGGAUGAUUUCUUCAUAAAAUACAUAUAAUAAUUAUGUUGCCAGUGAAUCCUAAUUCAAAGAAAUGUUGCUUCCUAUAAAAUUUAGAUUGUAUAUUAAUUUUGUAUAAACAUAGAGACUGAAUUAUGUUUAUAGUUUAAUUUAACAGUACUCAAAUACAUGCCCAAAAAGAUCUAAAAUGUAUUCGUAAAAAUAUGAAUUUAAUUUUUUCAUUAAAUGUUAUUUUUCAUGAGAA